AUGGCAACGGCUGCCUCGCCGGCCCCUGAUGGCCCGCAGGCCAGCAACGGCGGUGGUGCCGAUGAUGCAGCCGCCGUCGCGGCAGUUGCAGCAGCAGCAGCAGCUGCCACGGCUGCCACGACGAACGCGGCCGCCGCAUCGACCAGCCCACACCCCGAGCUCGACACCAUGCACCUGGCCAACCUGCCUGUCGAGCAGCAGGAGCUGACGCUGCUGCAGUUCGCGGCCAACCUCGACGCCCACGUGCGUGUGCUCGAGCCGGACGACUGCACGGCCCAGCAAAUCUACCUCAAGAAGGAAAUCUUCAAGAUCCUCAAUCUCACGACGCCGCCGCCAUCACGCGUCGUCCGCAACACGCUCGGCCGCUGCCUGGCACACGUUCUCGGCAAGGGCGACCGCAAGCUGCUGUUCGAGACCAUCAACGACCUCAACGCGGUCAUUGCCAACGGCGGCGUCAAGGUGCGGACUGCAGACGCCAGUGCAGGCAGCAGCUCCGGCGGGAUCUCGGCGGCCGAGGCGUCGAACCGCACGAAACAAGCGGCCGUCGUCUGUCUCGGUGAUGUCUUUGGUGCCGCCGGCGACAGCGCCAUCAGCCUGCACCAGCUGACGACCGCCACGCUCAUGAAGAUGCUCAAGGCGGCGCAGAACCACGCGGGGCUGCGCGCGGCCGUGUUUGUGGCCUUUUCUAAGCUUGUAACCUGCAUCGGCACGAGCACCGACGAGAGCAUUGCCCGCGACAUGUGGAAGCAGGCACGCAGCCAUGCCUCGGGCGACAAGGGCGCCCUCGUGUCCGUAGCCGCGUGCCGCUGUCUGAUUGCGCUUGUGCGCUACACGACGUACUUUGACACGUCGAGCGACUUUGACAGCCUCAGCAAGACCAUCUUCAAGACGAUUGAUUCUCCAUCUCCCCACGUGCGUCGUGCUGCCGCCGACUGCCUCGUGGAGGCCAUGGUCAAGGGCUACGCCGAGGCCGUCGGUGGCGGCAGUGGCGGCAUCGGCGGCGGCAGCGAUGGCGGGGGUGGUGGACUGGGACGUGCCAUGUCCACGCGCAAAGCGGUGCUGCCCAAGGCGCUCAAGCGGCAGUCGACCCUCCCGGCCGGCCUGCAGGACGACGACGACCUGCCCGGCUCGCGUGCGAGCAGCCCAGGCCCCUCGCGCAGCAGCCACAACGUGCUGUCUCUGCCGCUCGUCGAUCUGCUCAAGACGCUCUCCGCGCACUACGUCCGUCUGUCCACAACGAACCGUGCCCGCGCCGCCCUUGGCAUCUGCUACGGCCGCGUGCUGCAGCGUCUCGGCGAGAAGGCCGUCGAGCUCAACUACCUCAAAAUCAUUGAGAACCUGUCCGUCGACCUGCUCGGCCACGCCAACAUUGCCAACAACCGCUACCGCCUGCUCGUCUCGCGCCGUAUUGUUGACACGAUUGUGCAGGACAUUGUCAGCCGCCGCAUUCUGAGCGAGGCCGGCCAGAUCGCCGCCGCCAAGGCCCUCGUCAACGACGUCCUGAAAAACUACCCCCAGGUCAUCAAGGAGCGCCCCGAGCCUAGCAAACACACCCUCGUCGUUACCCUCGGCGCUCUGGCGUCGCUUGUCGCCUCGUUGGGCUCGGCCGCCAACAGCUUUGCCGAGUCCUGCCGCGACGGUCUCCUGCAGCUGCUGCCCCACCCAACCUACAGCGUGCAGGUCCACGCCGCCGCCUGUCUCAAAGCCUUUGUGCUCGCCUGCCCGCAGCAGCUGCUGCCCUGUCUGUCCGUGUGCAUGAACAGCCUCACGCGCGAGCUGGGCCAGCUGAGUGGCGCCGGCGGCAGCAGCACCCACCAGCACCGCCGCUGCCUCGGGUUCUCGUACGGUCUGGCUGCCACCCUCAGCGCCAGUCCCCAGCGCCCGCUGUACGGCUCGGUCGAUAUCAACAGCCGCGUCCUCACCAUGGCUACGAAUCUGCUCAAGACGAGCGGCAAGCUGGAGCUGCGCGUGGCCAGCGUCCAGAUCCAGGUCGCCUGGAUCCUCAUUGGCGGCCUCAUGUCCCUCGGCCCCAACUUUGUCAAGAUCCACCUCUCGCAGAUGCUGCUGCUGUGGAAGAACGCCCUGCCCAAGCCGUUGGCCAAGGACAACGUUGCGUCGCGCAACUACCUCGAGACGUCCUUUUUGACGCACGUGCGCGACUGUGCGCUCGGCUCCAUCCUCGCCUUUUUGCAGUACAACAGCCGCCUGCUGACCGUCGACGUGUCCAAGCGCAUCGCCGCCAUGCUGCAGCACACGACUGCUUUCCUGCGCACGCUGCCCCCCCGCAAGGUCACCGACGACAUGUCGCAGCGCCUGACCCCCGCCCUGCAGCUGCACGACCUGGACGUCAUGGUCCAGCGCCGUGUGCUGCAGUGCUAUUUGCGCCUCAUCAACAUGGCGCCCGCCGGCAGCAGCGAGGCUCUGCUGCAGUCCAACUUGCUGACCCUCGUCAUCUCCUUCUUUGCGGACCCGGACAACUACGGCGCCGGCUCGCUCAGCGCAUCCAUUGCCACCGCCGCCGGCACCUUUGAGACCAUCUGGGACGUGGCGGACAACGCCGGCUUCGGUGUCACGGGCCUCGUCUCUGGAUUCAAGGUGCGCGGCCUGCCCGGGCAGCACGAGAAGAACGCUGCCGAGGAGGAGGAACAGCAACAGCUCUUGUCGGCGCUGGACGAGACCGCGGGGCCCGAGGGCGUCAUCGAGAGCUUGUUGCUGUCUCCCGUCUGCGGCGCAUUCGAGCACGAUGCAUCCCUGCUCUAUGUUGAGAGCAAUGUCGUCCGCGGCGCCGACGGCAGCGCCUCCAGCAGCACACUGCUUCCCGACCCGCCCGCCACCGACGUCGUCAACCUGGCUAUCCAGCUCUUUGCCUACGUCUUCCCUCUCACGCCUGCCAAGGUCCAGGAGAGCAUCCUCGAGCAGGUCGCUACGUUCAUGUCGGCCGGUUCGCUGCAGCGCGACCCCGGUCGCAAGACCGCCAUCAAUGUCAACGUCGCCGUGGCGUUGCUCUCCACCCUUAAGGUCGCCGUCAAGGAGACCCACGCCCCCGCUGGCAACAUCACCGACCAAAAGGUCGAGAAGCUGCUGCAGGACCUGGUGCGUGGCUUCGUCAUCGACCCGGACCAGUACGUCCGCAGCAUCGGCUACGCCGCCGUCGGCCGCCUGUGCAACGCCUGCGGCAACGCCUUCACCAGCCACGAAAUCAAGUACUUGGUCGACACCAUUGUCGUCAACCGCGAGCCGAGCGCGCGUGCGGGCUGUGCCAUGGCCCUCGGCUGCAUCCAGACCAAAGUCGGCGGCAUGGCCGCCGGCUACCAUCUCAAGACCAUUCUGGGCAUCCUGAUGUCGCUCUGCAACGACCCCCACCCCACGGUGCACUUCUGGGCCCUCGAGGCCUUUGCACGCGCGUCGGAUGCUGCCGGCCUCAACUUUUCGAGCUACGUCUCCAGCACCCUCGGCAUGCUCGCUCAACUGUACGGCUCUGAGAACCACCACGCCGAGGUCGCGUCCGCCGUGUCCAUGAACCUCGAGCUCGACCUCAGCACCACCGCCGCCAUUGCCCGCUGCGUCGACGCCCUCGUCAACGUGCUGGGGCCCGACCUGCAGGAGACCACCAAGUCGCGCGAGCUCAUCUUUACGCUUGUGCGCCAGUUCCAGGACGAGGACGACCGCCAAGUCCAACGUUCCAGCUUGGCAUGCCUGGAGCACCUGUCGCUCUACGCGCCUGGCUAUGUCGAUUUCAAUGACUACGUCAAGCUGCUGCAGCGCUAUAUGCAGUCGGACCACCAGGGCUUGCGCGACGCAGCCGUCGAUGGCCUGUACAAUCUGAUGAAGCGCAAUGCCGACGAAGUCAUGGCCGCUGCCCUGCCCGGUCUCGAGGACCAGCUGUGGCUUGUGCUUGACCGCCACCCGGCGCACGACGGCAUCCGCAACAUCUUCCGCAACUGGAUGCGCCAGGCCUGCCUCCACGACACCAACGGCUGGCUGCAGCGCUUCCAGCGCGUCCUCAAAAUGACCCGCCCCAAGGUGCCGGAGACGACACGCCUCGCUGCUACGUUCCAGAAGACGGCCUUCCGCGGCACGGCCAUUGACUUGCAGGACGAAGAGGUGGCCGGCCUAGGUUCUGGCGAGCGCGAGGACGGGCACAACAAAGACGACGGCGACCAGCCGGGUGACGGUGGCGGCGGCCCGUCUUCGUCUAGUGGCGGCGCUGCUGCCGACGCGGGAAGCGGUGCUGCUGGAAGCAGUGCGCCGACCGGGGCGCCGAGCUCGUCGAAUGCGGUCGUGGCAGCCGCGACCGCUGCGAGAACGGCUGCAGCCGGAUCGGACGUCGAGCCGCUGCGCUGGCAGAUCACGGCCUUUGUGCUGAGCCUGCUGAACGAAGUGUUCUUGCUCGUCGGCAAUGACGCGGCCGCUACGGCGAGCGUGGGCGGUGACAUUUCACCGGCGCAGGCGGCGCUCCAGAGCAAGAUUGCCGACGUCGUGCGCAUGGCCUUCUCGGCCUCGACGUCGUCGGUGCUGGAGCAGCGCAUCUGGGGCCUCAAGAUUGUCGGCGCCCUGCUGCGCAUGUUCGGGAAGACGCCGGACCCCGACUUUGAAGAAGCCAUGAUUCUCGAGCAGUUCCAGGCACAGAUCAGCUCGGCGCUGACGCCCGCGUUUGCCGCCGACUCGUCGCCUGAGCUGGCCUCGGAGGCCGUGCACGUCUGUGCCGCCUUUGUCGCCACGGGCAUUGUGACGGAUGUCGACCGUAUGGGCCGCAUCCUCAAGACGCUUGUGGGCGCCUUGGAGAGCUUUAUGGCCGACAGCGACAACAUCGGCAUCGGCGACCUCAAGGGCCUCAGCGCCAACGCCCAGGUCAUGGUCAAGAUGUCCGUCUUUGCGGCCUGGGCCGAGCUGCAGGUCGCUAGUCUUGAGCAGCAGUACCUGGUGGAUGUGCUGCGGCCGCACAUUGGCAAGCUGACGCCGCUGUGGCUCGAGUCGCUGCGCGAGUUUGCGCGCCUGCGCUUCGAGCCGGACAUCUCGAUGACGCUGGGCCCUCCCUCGCUGUCCGGCAGCCUCGACACGAUCUAUGCGGCGCUCAACCGUGAGACGCUGCUGGCGUUCUACCAGGAGGCGUGGCUGAAGCUGGUGGAUGCGAUUGCCAGCCUGAUUGAACAGGACAGCGAGUUUGUUUUUGAUGCACUGGACGGCAAGCUGGUUGAGGAAAACGACGACGCCGACGGCGACCGGGCUAAGAACAUUGAAAAGGCGGUCGCCGUGUCGCUCGCGGACGGGGGCGGCCGCGAAACAGGCAAGAAGAAGGGCCCGGACAUCAACUACCGCGACGAGCCCGUCGCCUUUUUCUUUGUGCUGUUCGGCAUCGCCUUUGAGGCGCUGGCGGCGCGCCAGGGCCACGCCGACUCGCUGGCCACGCCUGGCCAGACGCUGGAGAUCUUGCUGGCCCUUAAGAAGAUCCUGCACCCCAGUGUGUCGGGCCAGGCCAUCUACCGCGACGCGAUCUUUUCGGAAACAAUGGACCUGCUGGACCGCCAGGUGCUGACGGAGGGCCUGGACGUGCAGGGCGUCAUUGUUGAGAUUGCCCGCGCGCUGUGCCUGGCGCACCCGGCGGCGCGUACGCGCGAACAGCCGGAGACGGGCGAGCUGUCGGAGGACAUUGAGCAGCUGUUUGAGCUGACGCGCAUUAUCGUGCUUGUGCUGUCCGGCCUGCUGCCGACGCUGUCGGAGCAGCCGCAAGGGUCGUCGGGCCCGCCGCCCAUGCGGUACCACAUGACCGAGGAGGCCGUUUUGGUUUUGAUCAAGACGGCCCUCGAUGCGCUGGUGGACGCGGCCGAAGUCUUCCCUGCCAUUAUUCGUACCGAUCUGCACGCGUGUCUCGUGCACAUCUUUGCCACGAUCCUGGCGACACCGGCAUGCCAAGAGGUGGUCGUCCCGCAAGCGCUGCCGACACUCAAGCGGUUCAUUACAACGGCCACAUCAACGGCCGCGGGCGACGAACAGACUGACGCGCAGAUGCGCGGCUGUCUGCGGCGGUUCCUGUCCGUGUACCUGACGGCACAGAAGCGCGAAGCGGCGACGUCGCUGGCGUGUGUCAAGAACUCGCUGCUGGCCAUUACGAUCCUCUUUACGGCCGGCAACAACAACCUCUCGACCAACGACCCACUGGUCGUGCGCUUCCUCGACGAGCUUCUCGACUGCCUGACCGACCGCAUGACCGCAAAGAUUGCAGCCAACUGCUGCCGGUCUCUCCUCCUGCACACCCGCAACACAGUUGCCGACCAGAGCAUCGGCCGCUUCCUACUGCCGCGCCUUCUGGCGUUUGCCACCAACGUCGAGCCCGAGGACCCAGAGGGCGCGCGCAGUCUUGUCGCGCAGACUUUGAACGCGUUUGUGGUGCAGGCAGCAUCCCAGGCGACGGCGAGCAACGGCAGCGCCACGGGUGGCAACCGCACUUCCGUGGCCGUCGCAACGGCGCUGGUUCUCCCUGCCCUCUUGGCCCGCGCCGCCGGUGAGCUCGAAAAGUGGCAAGAGGCGAACCUGAGCACACAGCAGGCCGAGCUGGGCGCGGCGGCCGAGGCCGACCGCAACACGAUCUACAAGGAGACGAGCGGGCGGCUCCUGGAGCUGGCGUCGGCCGACCCGGCAGCGUUCCGUGGCGUGGUGGCGGGGCUGAACGAGAGCCAACGGUCGUUUAUGGAGGAGGUGAUUAAGGCCGGACGGCAGGCGGCGGCGGCGAAGCCGGCGGCAAGCAACAACGACCAGCCAACGAUUGCACUGAAGAUGGACUUUGGCAGUGCGGAGGAUGCGCACGGCGUUGCCACCCAUGACGGCAGCGGCCGCCUCACUGCCGUCGCCCAGGGCGUUCUUGACCGCGUCGGCGUUCAUGCUGACACUCUCCCACUGGCCCUGCUCAUCGCUGUCGAGCGGCGGGAAGAAGGGGUGGUCCGUGCCAAACAGCAGCCGGUCCAGCCCGCCGCUGCUGGCACCGCCCGACGCCGCAAUGGCCGCCUGCAGGCCCACGUCCGAGUACACGACGGCAUCCAGGUACACCUGCUCGUGCAGCACAUCCCAGAUGCUGCGGCGCGUCUUGGCGGCCUUCCACAGGUGCGCGUCGUGACGUACGCACGAGUCGAUGCGGCCGGCCAGGAACGGCAGUGUGCCGCCGCUGUGGGCCAGCAGGAGACGCAGCUUGGGCAGGCGGUCGAAGACGCCUGCCAGGAAGAGCCGCGUCACGGCGAUGGUUGUCUCCAUGGGGAAGCCGAGCGCCAGUGGCAGCACAUGGCCGUACUCGCCGGUCGUGCCGCCACGCGGGCCCCACACCUCGCCGGGCAGGCCGUAGUGCGGGUGCAAGAAGACGACGAGCCCCGCCUCGGCCAGCGCGGCCAGAAUGGGCUCCAUGGCCGGGUCGUCGAGUCCCUGGCCCAGACCGCCUGUGCCCAAAAUAACACCGCGGCAGUAGGGCAGCGUGGCGAUGUCGGCGAUGGUCUGGAGCAGCACGGGCGUCGGCGCCGUGACAGGCAGCGCCGCGAAGAAGAACAGGCGGCCCGGGUGUGCCUUGCACAUGGCCGAGAAGCCUGCGUUGACGGAGGCAGCGAGUCCCCCGGCCUGGUCGCUGUCGACGAAAUCGAGCCAUGGGUUGGCGAGCGACAGCACAGACACGUCAAUGCCGUGCGUGUCCAUAAAGUGGAGCUUCUGGGCGACAGAGGCGUAGUGGCUCGUCAGCGGCCGCCCCGGCAGCGACGAUACGGUCGGUGCCUCGCCUCGCACGGCGGCAGCUUCGGCCUCCUUGAGGGGCGUCACCUCGGUCGACAGCAGGACGAUGCGCGGGUCGGACGUGCCCGGAAACGAGCGCACAAUGGGGAUGUCAUUGCGGGAUUCGAGGAUCUGGAUGUACUCUGGGGGGUACAUGUGGGUGUGGACGUCCACAACGGGUGUUUUGGAUGA